AUGGAGCACACGGUGGGGACCUUCCAGGUCGGGGACUAUGUGGUGUUUGUCUGUCUGUUUGUGGUUUCCUCAAGUAUCGGGGUUUUCUUCGCCAUCAAAGAUAGGAAGAAAGCUUCAUCUAAGGAGUUUCUGGUGGGGGGUCGUCAGAUGUCAUGUGGGCCAGUGGCUCUCUCUCUCACAGCCAGUUUCAUGUCCGCAGUGACGGUGAUCGGGGCCCCGUCAGAUGUAUACAGAUAUGGGGCCUCAUAUGUGAUCUUUGGGGUCGCAUACACGUUUGUUGUGUUUUUCACUGCUGAGCUCUUCUUACCUGUGUUCUACAGGACAGGCAUCACCAGCACAUAUGAGUAUCUGGAGUUGCGUUUCUGUAAACCCGUCCGUGUUGCAGCCACUCUUAUUUAUAUGGUACAAACAAUUCUGUACACUGGUGUGGUGGUGUAUGCUCCUGCUUUAGCACUGAAUCAAGUUACAGGUUUUGAUCUCUGGGGAUCCAUUUUUGCCACUGGCAUCGUCUGCACAUUUUACUGCACAUUGGGUGGGCUGAAGGCUGUGGUCUGGACAGAUGCCUUCCAGAUGGUAGUGAUGGUGGUGGGCUUCCUCACAGUACUCAUCCAGGGUUCGAGUCGAGCGGGUGGGAUUGAGUCUGUCUGGAGCACAGCACACACUGGAGGCAGACUACAAGUGUUUGACUUUGACAUGGACCCUCUCAGACGACACACAUUCUGGACUCUCACUGUAGGUGGCACAUUCACAUGGCUGGGCAUCUAUGGUGUAAACCAGUCAACCAUCCAGAGGUGUAUUUCCUGCAAGACAGAGAAUCAUGCACGCUGGGCUUUGUAUAUGAAUCUCAUGGGUCUAUGGAUUAUCCUGUUCUGUGCUGUGGUGUCUGGCCUCAUCAUGUAUGCCUUCUACUCUCGGUGUGACCCCUGGUCAGCUGGAUUAGUCUCUGCACCAGACCAGCUCAUGCCAUAUUUUGUGAUGGAAGUUCUCGGGGCUUUUCCUGGGCUGCCAGGGUUAUUUGUGGCAUGUGCAUUCAGUGGAACUCUGAGCACAGUAGCUGCCAGUAUCAAUGCUCUGGCUACAGUGAUGUAUGAGGACUUUGUGAGUCAGUGUUUUGGAGAUCUGUCCAACAGAGCAGCCAACUGGAUCAGCAAAGCGCUGUGUGUGGUGUUUGGUGUUGUGUGCACUACUAUGGCCGUGGCUGCAUCAUAUAUGGGAGGAAUUGUGCAGGCUGCCCUUAGUAUCCAUGGCAUGUGUGGUGGCCCAAUGCUGGGCCUCUUCUCCCUUGGCAUUCUGUUUCCUGUCACCAACUUUAAGGGGGCUGUUGGGGGUCUGAUAGUGGGCAUCGCUCUGUCAUUCUGGGUUGGUGUGGGGGCGUUCAUUUACCCUGCAUCCACCAAUAACACACGCCCUCUUGAACUCAACACUGCAGCAUGUAAUUUCAGCAUCACAGCAGAUGGAUUCAAUCCAACAGCACUUACCAUUAAUGCUCUCAACUCUGACAGGUCUUGGCUGGCUGAUUCAUGGUACUCUAUGUCUUAUCUGUACUACAGUGCAGUGGGGUUUGUUGGAACUGUAGCUGCAGGGCUACUCAUCACACUGCUGACAGGGCCAUCAGAUGCCCAGAAGGUAAAGCCAGGACUGACUCGAUCUAUUAGGGAUGUCAUCUGCUUCUGCUCUGAGAAAUACGCACAUAUCGACCUCAGUCAGGACAAAGAGGAUUUGGGAGAUUUUGGCAAGGCAUGGGAGAAACAUCCAGACCAGGAAGGAGUAGUAAAAAUGGAGAAGGUCAAGAGCAGUAGUGAUUGCCUGCAAGAAAAUUGUUACACAAAUGCAGCCUUUGACGAGAAUGAAACGAGUCAAGUUCAAGCAAAACUGUAAUUUAAAGUUUGACUUUAGUAAAUAAAGACAAAGAAUGCGUAGAUUUAAUUGAAAAGAUACAAUCAAUGUUUUAUUACAGAAAAGACUGAUCUAAAUCUAUGUUACAGAGAUGUUUUAUACAACUCUUGUAUGCAUACUGCUUUUUGAUUUACAUGUAAACAAGGAUGAAGAAAGUGUCUUAUUAAUACCCUUUCUAUUAUUUAAAGUUUGGAAUGAAUCAUGUGCUGUCAUUCAGGGUUGCAUUGAACAAUAAUGUGGUGUACAUGAUUUUGCCAAUUAGGAUGUAUUCCUGGAUAAACAUCUUUUGUUGAUCUUGGAACAACAUUUUUGUCAAACAGAGUCCUAAGCCUACUCUUAUCCCUAAACUAUACAUCUGAUCCCAACCCCAACCAUACAAACCCAUUUCCAACCUGAAACUCACACUUUGAAUCCCUACCUCCAACCCGAACCUCUAUUCUCUAACCCAUGGGUCCUCAAUCCUGCUCCUGGAAGUCCACUUUCCUGCAGAGUUAACUCCAACUCAAAACAAACACACCUGAACCAGCUGAUCAUGGUCUUUUUCAAUGAUUCCUCUAACAUUUCAGUCUGGAGUAUAAGAGCAAGGUUGGAAUUAAACCAUGUAGUACAGUGGCCCUCCAGGAGCAGGAUUGAGAACCCCUGCUCUAACCCUGUCUCUGACCUCCUUAACCUUAUCUAAAAUGUGUCUUAUCUCUUAUUUACAAUCCCUAACAUGUAGCCUUAAAAUCUUAUCUUUAACCCUAAAUGUCCAAUUCUAAAUUCUGCCCCUUACCCACACCACUUCACCUAACCUUUAGCCCUAACCCUAACCCUAACACCUAUCCCUAACCCUACAAUCCAUAUAACAACCUUAAAUUCUCAUUUUGAAUCUCUUUUUCUAGACCACACAUCUUUAACCCACUGCUCCUUGAGGGCCAUUGUACUGCAUAAUUUAGCUCCGACCCAAACCAAACACAAUUGAACCAGCUAGUCAAGGUCUUCAAGGAUUUUUUAUUUAUUUUUUACUUUCAAGCAGGUGUGUAAGAUGUCUGUCUCUAACCCUUAAUUCCAAAUUCUAAUUCCUGCCCCUCUCCUCCCACUCUUCACAUAACCUGGAUAUUAAUCAUCAUCCCUAACCACUUUUCCUAUGCCCAACCCUAACCUCAUCUUUAAAAUCCUAACCAUCACCCUUAACACUGACAUCAAACCCCAACCUCCAACCCCCAUGACAAGCAUAUAAUUUAUUGCUUCUAUCACUGAGUCACUGAGAUUUGCAUAUCAUGCAUAUGCAUUAUGUAAAUUGAGAAAACACAGAACCCCACAUUUUUGUGAUUUUAACUGUAAGCAGUAAAACUUUACAGCAAAAGAUAGAAAUGUUAUCUUCUUUCUCAUUACUAUUAGCAACCAUUGCUUUUACAAGAUAAUAUAACUAGUGAUGGAUUUUAAAGGAAUUAAGUCCUUCAAAUUGUUUCCUAAAUCAUCAUUAGAAUCUAAUGCAUUAAAUCAGUUUGUGUAAUGCUCAGACAAGUUAAGCGUUGACUACAAUGGCAUAAUACACUGUUGCUUAUUACAUCUAAACAUGAUCUUUAUUGUUUCAUGUGCUUUUGACAAGCAAUUCCAAUGAAGACAUUUUUACAAAGCCAA